CUGUUCACUAUAUAAGAAACAAAAAUAGUUAUAUAUAUUUCCAGGAAAAUCAAAAGAAGUUAACAUGAGUUGCUUGAUUCGCUGUAUCGAAUCACCGACAUGGAGAGGGACACUGAAAUUCCUAAUUAUCCUCAUUGCAAUUUCGCUCCUCUACCCAGUUGUUUAUGAUCAUUUACAGGAGAGAAGUAUGACAACGAACAGUAUCCAGGAUCAAAACAGUCAGCCUGAGGUGCAGACCGUCAUAGUCGAGAAAGAGAUAUCCUGUCCUAUACCAGCCUUACAGAACUACAGUCAGUUCUAUGAAGCCGUAACAACUAUCGAAAUGGGAUGCAACAAAACUAAAAUGUUCGGAAGAUCGUCAUCGCGCAGGAAUAUUUGCCUCGACCAAAAAUACAACAUAACCAAGUCCAACUGCCUCGCCUUCUCCUUCGGCAUCAACUACGACUAUUCCUUCGAAGACAGUUUGGGGAGAUUCGGAUGCCAGGUCUUCGCCUACGACCCGACGAUGAACAAGAAGGACCACCAGCGAUCGUCUAAGGUUCGUUUUAUCGCGACCGGGAUCUCGAACUACCAAGGGAAGAAGGUGGUCGGUAUGGGCAAGAAGUGGGUCGCGAGGAAGGUCGACCGAUUCGAGAACCUGGUGAAAGCGGCGGGGAUGGAAGGUAGGCCUAUUGACAUCGUGAAGCUGGACGUCGAGCUCUCCGAGAUUGACUUCAUGCAAGAUAUGCUCUUUAACUCCCGCGACGUGUUGAAGAACGUCAAGCAAAUAGCCAUGGAGAUUCAUUCGGAUAUGGAUAAACAUGAUGUGAGUCAGAUUACUUCACAUCAAGUCUUCUGGCCUUACUUACAGCUCAUGAGAUGCGCAGGAUUCAAGAUCAUUUUCUCAAGAUCAGGAGGUCGGUGGCGAGAGGUGGUUUUCGCCCAAGAUAAACAGUGGUGAUAUAUAUAUUGGUAUAUAUAUCUACUUAAUUUUGUAAUUGUCUGUCGUUAUUUCCUCUCUCGCACCCCCCUUUUUUUAAGAGAACA